AUGAACCCAGAUAUCAUAAAAUUGCUGCUUAUUACUUUCUGUAUCAGCGGUAUCGGCGCUGAGAAUUGUGAGGAGGUUACGGCCUCUGUCGAUGCAAAGAGCUUCGUUGUAAAAAGCAAUGUCACUGGCUGCCAGUACCGUGUCAAAUCGGACUCCGGCAAAGCGGUGAAGGUCUACGUCAACGAUACGAGUGGAACCAAUUGUGUGAAGGUUACUAUCGGAGGUCAAACAGAUACUCUGUGUCCAAAAAGUUCAACGACUGCUUUCUCAUCCACCUCGGCGAUUGAUGUGAGUGCGGACUCCGUCACGACCACAACUGCUACAACGACAGUAACACCUACAACUACAAAAGCCUCAAGUCCACCAGCAUCAGCGAGUGAGGGAGAAAACAAAGGAAAUUCAAAAGAUACAUCGAAGGGAAAUGGGGCAGUAUCCCAAGAAGGGGACAAUGACGGAAAAGAAAAGUCGAAGAAAGAAAAGAAGGCAAUAAUGGAAAUGUCAAAAAUGGGUGUUCCUGUUGCUGGAGCUAAUCGCCUAAUGAGACAAGCCAGAGAUGCUUCAACUACCGCUGGAUCUGACGACGUGACGGUGUACUACGUGUUGGAUGCUGUUGGAUUUGGAGAUGACGUAGUGGUGUAUGACACUGUCCUUGCGGCACCCGCAGUUGUUAUCGUCACGGACUCCUCACUCACAUGGAUCCGCGAGUUGGAUGUAAAUUCAUUCUUUUUACCUUUUGGGCAGAGCGUGUCUGAUUCCUCUCCACUGGCCACGUUCGCACAAUUGGUUCCCCUCGUUGACUGGAAGGCAAUAAAGAUUUUAACAGUCAAACGUUCGGCGUUUAAAACAUCACAGUCAGUGUGA